GAAAAAUUUUGAAGUGCUCAAAUUGAGCAUAUUUUCUUUUAUAAUGUUUUCAAUCUCAGACCAGGCCAGACCAGACUAGACUUCUGUAGUUAUAAAAUACACAUAGACCGGACAUUUACGACCAGACCAAUUCAGACCAGACCAGCAAAUUUCAGUCCAAAAGAAAACAUCUUCAAUCUACUAAUAAAAGUCAAAGUCGAAAUUGACACAUGUACAAAAAACUCAAAACUCUACUUGGAAAGCUCGGAGAGAAAAAAAUUAAAAUAUUUACAUUUUGAUUGUGCCUACUUUUAGUACAAGUAGAGAUAAGGUAACUUCAUUAGCAAUUCAAUUUAUUACGGAGUAUUAAUAUCAUCAAGCUAUGCAAAAACAAGCUCAUAAACUCAACUAGAAAAAAAAUUAAGAAUAACUUAAAUUCGAGUUAAUUAAUUCUUGAGUCUAAAAUAUAAAUACAAAUCAAUAACUAAUCGAUUAAAUUUGGAAGCUAUUAUGUAUCACUUCAAUAUUUCACACUAAGCAAGCUCUUUACAUAAAAAGGGAUGAUACAUUGAUACCUCUUCCGUGAGGGUCUCAGAAUCGACCAGACGUACGAUUAUCUAAGCAAGCUCCAAAUUCUUGCUUGGAGCUGAUCACAAGAGUCAAGACUUCUGCCUUGUUAUAUGCCCUAGAAGGAGGCUCUUUACAUAAUUAGACAUUUAGACCACCAACCUUAUAAAUCUUCUGUCAUUAUCUGCAGCUUCAGCUUCAAGUUUCUUCCUUACCUCAUCCAAAACCAACAUGCACUCAUGCAGCAGUACAUACGUGAUUUGUUAUUGCUCAAUUACUGAGAAUAACAACAAUGGUGUCCAGAAAGGCAACUAUGUGCUCUGAAUCACCACCACCACCAUCACACAAUUCUGGUUAGCAUUCCCAGAAGGAAUUUCCUAAAACAUGUUUGGUUUUGUAAGCUUUUGCACCAGAAAGCAGUCUCCUACUAGCAGAAAGAAUAUCCACCGAGAUGUUGAAGAUCAAGAAGAUGAAAAGUUUCAAUAUGCAAGUACCCUUUGCUGGUCUUCAUAUUACAGCGUUUUCGUUGUUCGUCUCGCCAUCAUGGUAAGUCUCAUUGUCUCGUCUCUUCUGUAUUACGCCUUAAUCCAUCUCAAACCCAUCACGUAUAAAUAUACAAAUCAACAUAUAAAACAUCAAAUUACAACUUCUGUGAUCUAUCACUUUGCCAACCAAGUUUUGAACUUUGAUACAGUAUCAUAACAAAUUCAACUAAACGAGCAAAUCAUAUACAUGUAAACUGUAAAGAGCACACAAACUACAACAUUAAAUCUCAAACAAAUCAUCAUCUAGGACAUGGAAUCCCGAGUUUUAACACUGCUUUGAGUUUUCUUGCUCCCAAAAACUGUAUGCUGAAAUGUGUGAAUGAAGCUAAUUUUCAUGAAAAUUGGAUUUCAUGCAGGUGAUGUUAGCAAUAUUGAUUGGAUUGUUGACCUUACUGACAUGGCAUUUUACCAGAGUUUACACAAAAAGAUCACUCAACACUCUGGCAUUCGGUCUUCGCCAUGAGCUUCUCCAGAGGCCCAUCCUAAGAAUGUGGAGCAUCCUUAAUUCCACUGUCGAAAUUGCAACUGCUCAGGUAAAGAUGUCGGAGUUUGUUUUCCGGCGAUAUAGCAGCGCCGCCGUAACCCAACCCCAGCAACUCGAGCUGUACGCAGCCAUGAAGGAAGUGACGUGGGCCCUCUUUGCCAGCCGGAAAGCUCUCAGCUCCAUCACAAUAAACUACAGAAACGGCUUCGUCCAGGCUUUCCACAGAGACCACCGGAGCAACGGCACCUUCUACAUAUACUCCGAUCUAGCCAACUACUCAAUUAGCGGGACCUACGAUGCCGCCAGCGCGUCGCCGUCGUCGCGGCAGGGGUGGGACGACCGGUCAAUCCGCAGCAACACGUCGGCGGUCUGGUACAGGGAGCCGCUGGAUCCGGUGACCGGCGUCGGAAUCGGGAGGCAGGGGCAAAUCCCGCCGGACGAGCUGAUCAACAUCGCCGGGAUCUCUCAGGUCCCCGACGGUGCGGCCACGUGGCACGUCGCCGUCAGCAAAUACUCCGAUUCCCCGCUUCUCUCCGCCGCGCUUCCCGUCUGGAGUCCGUCGAACGAAAGCAUAAUCGCCGUCGUGGGGGUCACGACGGCUCUGUACAGCGUCGGGCAGUUGAUGAGAGAAAUCGUUGAGUUCCAUAGUGGGCAUAUAUAUCUGACCUCACAAGAGGGAUGGUUAAUUGCUACUUCCACAAAUACCCCUCUCUGGGUGAACGCAUCAACCAGGCCAAAGCUAAUCAUGGCUGUAGAUUCAGAGGACCCAGUGAUACAAGCUGGGGCCCAUUGCUUGCAGAAAGAGUAUGGCAACAAUAUUCCACCUGGUCAAGAAGUCCAUAUUGACAAUGCAAAGCUUGGGAAUCAACCUUACUAUAUUGACUCUUUUUUCCUCAACUUAAAGAGACUUCCUAUGGUGGGAGUUAUACUAAUUCCAAGGAAAUAUAUAAUGGGGAAGAUUGAUGAGAGGGCAUUCAAAACUUUGGUGAUACUGAUAUCUGCAUCUGUAUGCAUUCUGAUCACCGGAUGUGUGUGCAUCUUCAUAUUGACCAAUGGUGUUUCGAAGGAGAUGAAACUAAGGGCAGAGUUGAUAUCCCAUUUGGAUGCAAGAAGGAAGGCAGAGGCAUCAAGCAACUACAAAAGCCAGUUUUUAGCAAACAUGAGUCAUGAAUUACGAACACCUAUGGCUGCAGUUAUUGGCUUGCUGGACAUUCUUAUAUCCGACGAUUGCCUCACAAAUGAGCAAUAUUCCACAGUCACUCAGAUACGCAAAUGUUCAACUGCUUUACUUAGGCUACUCAACAACAUUUUGGAUCUCAGUAAGGUAGAAUCUGGAAAGUUGGUUUUGGAAGAGAGUGAGUUUGAUUUGAGUCGAGAACUGGAAGGUCUUGUUGAUAUGUUUUCUGUCCAAUGCAUCAACCACAAUGUGGAAACUGUUUUAGAUCUCUCAGAUGAUAUGCCAAAAUUAGUUAAAGGAGAUUCAGGCAGGGUUGUUCAAAUAUUUGCAAACCUGCUAAGCAACUCAUUGAAGUUCACAUCAUCUGGCCAUAUCGUUCUUCGAGGAUGGUGUGAAAAUCCAAAUAGUGUCACAAGUUGGAGGAAGCUUUCUGUCAACCUGAAGGAAUCUUGGUCCACUCCUAAACUAAAGUUGAAUCACCACAGUGGCAAUGGUGGAAAACCUUCCCAGAAAGAUAGUAGCAAAAUGGUCUUUUGGUUUGAAGUUGAUGACACUGGUUGUGGAAUUGAUCCCAGCAAAUGGGAAUCUGUGUUUGAAAGCUUCGAGCAGGCUGAUCCCUCCACUACAAGAUUGCAUGGUGGAACUGGUCUUGGCUUAUGCAUAGUACGUUCCUUGGUGAACAAAAUGGGUGGUGAGAUCAAAGUUGAGAAUAAAAGUGGAGGAGGCACUCUGAUGCAGCUUUGCCUCCUACUAGACACUCCUAUAGAUGGCACGGGACAAUAUUGCCAUUUGAAUCUGAGAGAGCAUAAAAUGAGAGUGCUGCUUGCACUAAAUGGUGCAAUAGGAAGGGUAAUAGUAUCCCAGUGGUUAGAGAAGAGUGGAGUCCAAACUUUUGAAACAUCUAACUGGAAUGAAUUGACACAAAGGCUUCAGGGGCUUUCUAAAACCAACACCAACUUAGCAUGCGGCUCGGGAUUUGAAUGCCUCGCAGCUGAUGAAGGAAAUAAAUCACUUUUUGCCAUAGUUAUUGAUAUCGGCCUGCUUGACUUGACCACAAACAUAUGGAAGGAGCAACUUUCUUUUCUUGAAAAAUACAGUGGGAAAGCAAAGUUUGCAUGGAUUCUUUACCAUGAUACUUCCAGUACAAUCAAAGAUGAGCUUCGUAGAAGAGGGCACCUUUUGAUGGUAAACAGACCGCUUUACAAGGGGAAGAUGGUUCAGAUUUUGGAAACCAUAAUGAAAGACAAGCAACUUGAACUGCAAUCUUACGUCGCCAGGUCAGAUGAAUUUCAUAAUUCAAAAAGUGGGAAUGGUAAAACUCUCACAGAUUCGAAUUUGGAAUACAAUAGAUCAGUAGAGUUAAGCAAUGUUAGCUUGAGAAAGGAAACAAAUCAGCAAAAACCUCUCGAGGGCCUAAGAAUACUACUUGCUGAAGACACGCCAGUGCUUCAGAAAGUCGCCACCGUAAUGCUGGAAAAACUGGGAGCAAAGGUUGUGGUUGUAGGAGAUGGGCAGCAAGCAGUGGAUGCUCUCAAGUCAGUAGUUAACUCAAAAGAUUACAGAAACGAUGAAGGAUCAUGUUCCCCUGGCUUUGACUUGAUCUUGAUGGAUUGUCAAAUGCCAAAGAUGGAUGGGUAUGAAGCAACAAAAGCUAUUAGAAGAUCAGAGUUGGGGAAAACUGCACACAUACCAAUAGUGGCAGUGACCGCCCACGCAAUGUCAUCAGAUGAAGCAAAAUGUCUGGAGGUGGGAAUGGAUGCUUAUUUAACUAAACCCAUUGACAGCAAGCUCAUGGUCUCCACCAUCCUCUCCUUAACUAAGAAGAGUUAAUAUAUGGUUCAUGUUAUUCGAGUUAGAUUACGAUGGAUGCUUGGGAUUCAUUCUUGAGAAUAAAUAGAGGAGUUUAAAACAGCUAUGUGUAAUAAGCUUGAGAUCAAAACAUUACGAAAAUGAGUGUAAUGUUUCAUGUUUGGAAUACUGUCCUUGUAGUUAAAUUUAUAUAAUCUACUUGUGUAAUUCAACGUUUCAUUGUGGUGAAGUUGAUAUGAUGCAUCAUAAUAAAAGUUCAAACUUACGGGCAUAAUAGAUAUUGUAUAAUUGCUGAAAAUAUGAAUGAAUCGCAUAAUGUCCUG